AACUGACAUUUUUGAAAAGCUCCUAUGAGUCCAGCACUUUGCAUGUCUCAUGUAAUUUACUAUCGCCUAGCUAGGGAAGAAUAUCCUUUGCAUUUUAUCUUGCUUGUAGGGGUGAUUGCACUAGGAAGUUGCAAAGCUAGGAGUCAAAUUACCUAUAUGAUUCUAAAGCUAGCCCUCUUUCCUUCAAGAAUAGUAGCCAUUUUAGCCACUGAGAACUGGUAGCCCCAAAAGACUGUCAACCGUCUACUGGGCACUGGACAUUCAUUUAUUCAAUGAACAUGUCCUGAGUCUGCUCCAUGCUAAACCCUCUCGUGGCCACCCACUGGGGACAUACAGAUAAAUAGACACAACCUCUGCCUGCAAAAAGGUAAUUCACUGGCAACCACUGGUUCUCUACAAGAUGGUAGAAAAAGGAGCAAUCAGGGAAACCAUGCUGGAGGAAAUGACACUUAACUGAGUCAGCCAAGUCUCAAGGUAAGUCCAGCUGUGGGGAAUAAACAGCAGGAUAGGACUCAAUUCCUAACAUUCAAGGAACUCAAAAUUACAGAGACAAGACUCAUGUUCAUUAUACAAAGACAGACAAUAAAAUCACUGAUUAAGGUUUCAAACAGUUGUUCUACAUGAAAGUAUGGGAGGAUUGAGAAACUGAGGCAGCAGAAGUUGGAGCCAUUGAGGAAAGGCUAUGGAAAUGAAAUGGAAAUCACCUUUGUUCAUGUGAUCCUGCUUAAAAGUCUUGAUCUCUCCCUCCACCCCCCACUCUUGCCAUAGUUAUUUGUAGCUCUAGUCUGAUUUCUUCUUUUCAUUUUUUACUCCUCAUUUCCUACUAAAGGAAAACACUCAUUCAGCAUAUUUAGAACCUGCACUGAGAGCAAUGCAUUAUUACCCUAGGUCCUGAGGGUGGUCAUAGCCAUGGGAAUGCACAAAUAUGAACAAGACAUGGAAUCCUUGUGCAGCAAAUAACCUAAAUGAUGAAAGUUUGAGAGAUGUGAGGUCCAAAACAAAUGGCCUAAACAAUGAAAUAAUUCAGACUUGGAAAGGGGACUGCAAUUCAGGAAAGAUUUCAUUGUGGUUAGUUUUUCCGCUAGUUUCUUCAGCAUUCAUUCAUUCAUGACUCCUGUCUACAAGGUGCCCUCCUCAAAGAGGCCACAGUUGACCACAGGCCCAAGAGACAUAAGCAACCAUUAAAAUAGGGGAUAAACAAGCAUGAGACAUACACAGGGCCAUGGAUGUUGAUAAGAGGGAAUUUAGAAGACAGAGUUGGUAGCUUUUGAGCCGAUUCCUAAAACUAAAUAGGAGCUUACCAGGUGGAGAAGAAAGGAAAUGGAAGGUUUAAAAGGCACUGAGAAGAGUUAGAGCAGCUUGGUGUGGGGCGUUUGGAGAUGAGGUGUUAAGAUAUACUGCUCACAGAGUGGAAAAUCUUUGACUACUAGGCUAAAAAGUUUGGUUUUUUCCAAGGAGGUAGUGGGCAGCUGAAGAGAGAUCUGAGCAGGUGAGGUCCAUAAUAAAGAUUUUCGUUUUGUACAUCUCCCUCUGGUAAACCGGUAGGGUGAACUAGAGCCAGAUGGGGAUGAGGGCUCAGCCAAGGACGCCGACAGCGGCUGUAUCUUUGUGCCUGAGACUGCACCAGACGGGAGCCUAAACCAAGCAAGAGGAGUGGGGAUAGGGGAAUGGAAGGUGAAGGAAGAGUCUAUAUUCAGGACAAGGACGUACGCAGUUCUAGGAACCUCACAGCCGCUGGGAAGAAUCGCCUCCCCUUCCAGAUCCCUCUGGGGCGGAGCUCCGACCAAGGUACGUGAUGCCUGGGGAACCACAUUUAUUCUGGGCAGUCCUCACGUUCGUCCGCAGUUUUAUGGGUCGCCACUCGGAUCUCCCACGUCUGAACUCUUUCUCGUGGUGCUGGAGGAAUCCGUUCUCUUCCGCGCGUCCUUAUAUGCCUUUCCAGCAGAGCAUGGCUAGACGAGAUAAACCGCGCAGGAGUCCUCUGCCCAUACUAAAGAUGGCGACCUGCUGCGCUCACUCUGGGUGGGGGACCCGGUUCCAGGAGCCCAGCCUCACUAGGCGAGGCGCAGACGGAAGGGGCGUCUCUCUAGCUGGUUGUCAUUUCGCUCGGCUCGGUCCUGAGGAGAAGGACUCAGCCGCGGCUGCGGGACCCGGGCACCGGGAGGCGGUGGCGGCGGCGGCGGCAGUAGCGGCGGCAGCAGAGGAGGAAGAGGAGGAAGAAGGAGAGAGGAAGAGGAGCCAGGCGGAGUCCACAACAACGACAGCGGGGACUUCGGGACCGGGGUAAAGCGACCGCGGCGGCGACGACGACGGCCCACACAACCGUGAGGAGAAACAAAAGCCUUCUAAAUUAUAGUUUUUGAAAAAAUCUGGGGGGGGGAAAGAGAGAGCAAAGGGGGGGGAGGUCCUUCUCUUUUGGAAUAACUGCGCUGGUGGGUUUUUCCUUUUUUUCCCUGUCCCCCCCCACCCCCCUCGCUGCGGAGAAUCGAACUGAGAGAACUGAACAAACCGCCCCUGGGUCCCAUGAGGGAAAAAAAACCCGGAGCCGCAGAGAGGGGAAGAGGCCGAAACCGCAGGACCUUCCAGGUCGCCCCCUUGGUCGCCGCACCCCCGGGCCGCCAGCUCGUCCUCGUCGAGUCUCGCUAAUCCCUCCUGAUCGCGACACCCUCGAGUGGGAGAAACGGGUGUUUCCAGCCCAUUUCAUGGGGGAGAGGAGGCCAGGGGGAGCCCAGGAACAGCGCCCGCAGCAAGACCUGCACCCAGAGCUUCAGGAACAGCCCCAGAGGCCAAAACUGCACCCCGUGAAAGAGCAGAAACAGGACCAGGAACAGCAGAAACCUCCCUGCAAUCAUUUUUCCAUUAGUCAAUGCUGAUUUCGCCUCCCACCCUAGAUAACCUAAUAUAAUCUAUAUAUAUAAAAUAUAAUAUAUAAUGUUCUUAAAUUAUUCCUGAUUUUUUUAACUAAGCUGCCAAGAAAAAGAACGUAUUCUCCCUUUAGCCCUAUUCUAAUUUUUAAUGUGAGUGAAUCUAAACUGCUGAAGAAGCCCAUAUGUGAUUGUUAAAUUAUAUAUAUAUAUAUUUUU